AUGGAAGGGAACGGAUCAGCGAUCUGUCAGAGCGAUGGAACAUGGAGUCAUCCUUUACCCAAGUGUUUAGCUCCCUGCGUCGUUCCUCACGUGUCUCAAGGCAGAAUAGUUCGGUUGGAGAAUAAAACCGGUGACAACACCACACAAGAGUACACGCAGAUUGUUGGAAGCUCAACAAUGGUGCAGCAUGGUGACGUAAUUUUAGUAGACUGUGAGAAGAACUACGAGUUUCCGUCCAAUAACGUCGCUGUUAACUGCAACAAUGGAACCUGGACUCAGAUACCACGAUGUCAACCUGCUAGGUGCAAGAAAAUGCCGAAAUACCCGAGAAACGGAAUGGUGAUAGCUCCGAAAACUGAACACGGAAUGAAGGCGAGAUUUAGAUGCAAAGAUGGAUAUGAGCUUAAAGGCAAUCCUAUAGUCGUUUGUUCCUUUGGGAACUGGAGCGGGGAGACACCACGGUGUGAAGAAGUAUUCUGUCCUUUCCCUGGAUAUAUAGAAAAUGGAAAAGUACUUCUAGUUGGCAACAUGGGAUUAUACGAUUAUCGACCAUAUGUGAAAAAGGUUGUGAACAAUAAACAAAUUAUGUACGAGUGUGAGAAGGGCUACGUUUUAUCAGAAGGUCCACCAGGAGCAACGUGUAUUGGUGGACAUUGGAGCCCAAGGGAAUUACCUAAAUGCACACUUUACCAACACCCUCGUAUCAGAUGGAGCCGCAGACGAAGAUCCAUUCCAGAACCUGAAAUACGUCACAGAAGGUCUGCGUACCUUCGUCAAUAUUAUAACAAACUUCAACGACAAAACGAUCCUAACCAAGACUACCUCAACCAAUUGUACAAUAAAUACAAUCAUGACACACCAAAACCAACCUUAAGACAUGCAAAUUUUAAAUUAAUGAAGAAAUUCGAUCUAGAUUCGGAAGAAGAAGAUGAAAUGACAGGAUCAAACAUUCAAAACGAUGGAGAAAACUUUCCUACGGCCGUUUACACAGUCUACAAUGUUCAUGGAGAACCAAUUGGUCAUAGACUCUAUGCUUAUCAGCCUGUGUAUGAACCUGAAGAGGAAGAUAGAGAUCAUCACGAAGAUGUUUCGGAAUAUGAAGAUUCUGAAGAAUUUGAUAUUGAUUCACCAUCGCAUAUGACAAUUCUCAAAGGGGGACUAUUUUCAGAUCACGAGUUUGCUACAAAAGACGAAAUCGCAAACGGUAUAAACGCAUUGAAACAUCAAUAUUUUGAAAGGUACAUUGAUAAACGGCAUAAAAGAUACUUAAAUCAAAAUAAUACUGAUGAAAUUAAGAAAGACUUAUAUGUAGAUUUACAAGGUUACGAAAGCAAGAAUGUACAAACAUCAACCGAGAAAAAUCAAAUAUUAUCAAGAAUAAAACGUCAUAUUAAUCGUGAGGAAUCAGGCACAGAAAUCUCGACUCUAAGUCCGAUUGCUAAAACGUCGACUUUACAUCAUGACAUCACAGAUAUUCUUAAAGUGAUUCCAUUAAAGCAUCGAAAUGAUAAGUCUAGUAACGUUCCUGAAAAAGAAAACGCUGUUAUUCCGAUACGGUAUAAUAAGACUAAAUCAACUGACGUUGAUAAUAUUUUAGAAAAACGCGAUAAGAGAACAAGCAGAAAAACAGAUAGAUUAAAUCAAACAACAGCAAGCGUUCCGAAAACAGGCCGAGAGAGCAAAGGAGGUCGAACUCGAUCACAAGCUGAAAACUUAACUGAAGGCGAGCUUAUAACGGAAAAUAAAAACGGAACUGAAGGUGGUAACAAAACCGAAAACGGUGAAAAGGGAAAGAAAGGGCGGCCCAAGAGUCCUUGUGAACCGAUAGAAAGCGAGCCGUAUGUUAACAUCGAAAUUGUAAAAUAUGGUCGUGAUCCAAAUAAUACGUUUAGUUCUGGGACAAUAGUUAGAGUGGCUUGUGGCAAGGGUUACGGUCUAAAUUUAGAUUCAAAUGCUACAGCGAAAUGCGUUCGAGGAAGAUGGAAACCGGACAAGCCUAAAUGUGAAAUCCUUCCAUGCCACGUGCCAACUACAGAGUACGGUAUAUAUACCAUGGCUCCAGAGAGUGGACAAUCAGCUGGCCAAAUAGGUUUGGGUCUUAAUCAUGGUGAGGAAAAGGAGCUAAACGAAACAGAUCCCGUUCCAAAUGGCCAAGUCGUGCAUUUUUCUUGUGAAUAUGGGUACAACGUGCAAGGUCCAACGAACCUUCGAUGUUGGCUGGGUGAAUGGGCGGUUACCAGCAUGCCGGAAUGUGUUGCAGCUCCCUGUGAACUUCCCAUUCUCCAUGGCGCUACUUAUGAAGCUGGCUACAGAGCCGGUCUCACAGUGGCCCACGCGUCUUCAGUGGACAUAGCUUGUGAACCUGGAAGAUCCCCACCAGCGACUUUAAACUGCCAUUUAGGAAGACUACAGCCCACUGUUCACGACUUCUGUAGACCUCUAGCGAACCUGACACGACCAAGACCGCCAUCCGAGUACCAAAGUGGUUCCGACAUCGUUCGGGAAGAUAUAUCGGAGUUAGAGCCAGAUCUACACGGAAAACCUGUCCUAGAAUGCGGUCCACCGGCUAGGGUACAAGGAACACUAAUUUACCGCGACGGCACUGAAGUAGAUGGAUCACUCGGCAUGGAAGGCUAUCCCCAUGGCACAGAAAUUACAUUUAAAUGUAUAGCCUCCAUCAUGGGUGAGAAAACCACUUGGAAGUUGAUUUGCGAACAUGGCGAUUGGGUUGGCAAGAGUUUUAAUUGUGCUAAGGAUGAAAAAAUGGAUGACGUUUAUGUUCCAGAGGAAUUAGAAGCACAAAGUGAAGAACUCCUUAACAACAACAGCUGCACCUUUAGGAAUGAAGAACCGCAUGUGGUAUCGUUCUUUAACGACCUAGAAAUAACUGAGACGGUUGACUUUCCAUCUGGAGCUGUAAUCAUUUCCAGAUGCAGUGAUAUUGGCAAAUACGCUAUGACAGGAUCUCAGACUCGAAAGUGCAUCGGAGGUUCAUGGGAUGGUGUUAAACCGACAUGCUUUGGACUUAACCAGGAGAAUGAUUAUGCAAUGGAGAAGCCUCCGACAAUUUUAUUCAGGCACUCGCAGGGCCCGAUCGCGCAGACGAACGAUGGGAAGCUUCUGGUGUAUCCAGGAACUGUCCUGCACAUGGAGUGCCUCUGGAUGAGGAGGUUCGGCAAUCCAAAGUGGAAUGUUACACACCACUAUCCAGAUCCGGAAAGAAAAUAUCAAGAGGGUUGGACGACUGAUCCUGGACGCGACAGCCAACUGGAGUAUCGUCUCAGUAUAAUGGGAGCGGUUAAAGAAGACUCUGGUAUCUACCGGUGCGAGACGCCAGCGAGACAGAGCCAUCAAGUUGAAAUAAUUGUUGAAGACGUCCACUGUACGCCAUUACCGAUCAGAAGAGGUUUGGUCGCCAGUGACCUUGGCACUCGUUUGGGUACCGAGAUCAGAUUUUCGUGUGCAAAUGGAAAUGCAUUGCUCGGUGCGCACGUCCUGACCUGUCGUGCAUCUGGCAACUGGAGUGCUCCGCUACCGGUUUGUGAAAGCGUGGAGUGCGGCGAGGUGGUGCUGGACGGCGAGCUGGGCGCGGGCGAGCGGCGGCCGCGCGUGUCGGUGGUGUCGCGCGGCGUGGGCGGGCGCGCCGCGUUCUCCUGCCCCGCCGGCUGGGCGCUGCGCGGCGCGCCCGAGACCGUCUGCCUGCCCGCCGCCGACUGGGCGCGCCCCUUCCCCGUCUGCACAGGUACCCCACCACCCACCAUCCACUGCACACGAGACCGUCUGCCUGCCGGCCGCCGACUGGGCGCGCCCCUUCCCCGUCUGCACAGGUACCCCACCACCCACCAUCCACUGCACACGAGACCGUCUGCCUGCCGGCCGCCGACUGGGCGCGCCCCUUCCCCGUCUGCACAGGUACCCCACCACCCACCAUCCACUGCACACGAGACCGUCUGCCUGCCGGCCGCCGACUGGGCGCGCCCCUUCCCCGUCUGCACAGGUACCCCACCACCCACCAUCCACUGCACACGAGACCGUCUGCCUGCCGGCCGCCGACUGGGCGCGCCCCUUCCCCGUCUGCACAGGUACCCCACCACCCACCAUCCACUGCACACGAGACCGUCUGCCUGCCGGCCGCCGACUGGGCGCGCCCCUUCCCCGUCUGCACAGGUACCCCACCACCCACCAUCCACUGCACACGAGACCGUCUGCCUGCCGGCCGCCGACUGGGCGCGCCCCUUCCCCGUCUGCACAGGUACCCCACCACCCACCAUCCACUGCACACGAGACCGUCUGCCUGCCGGCCGCCGACUGGGCGCGCCCCUUCCCCGUCUGCACAGGUACCCCACCACCCACCAUCCACUGCACACGAGACCGUCUGCCUGCCGGCCGCCGACUGGGCGCGCCCCUUCCCCGUCUGCACAGGUACCCCACCACCCACCAUCCACUGCACACGAGACCGUCUGCCUGCCGGCCGCCGACUGGGCGCGCCCCUUCCCCGUCUGCACAGGUACCCCACCACCCACCAUCCACUGCACACGAGACCGUCUGCCUGCCGGCCGCCGACUGGGCGCGCCCCUUCCCCGUCUGCACAGGUACCCCACCACCCACCAUCCACUGCACACGAGACCGUCUGCCUGCCGGCCGCCGACUGGGCGCGCCCCUUCCCCGUCUGCACAGGUACCCCACCACCCACCAUCUACUGCACACGAGACCGUCUGCCUGCCGGCCGCCGACUGGGCGCGCCCCUUCCCCGUCUGCACAGGUACCCCACCACCCACCAUCCACUGCACACGAGACCGUCUGCCUGCCGGCCGCCGACUGGGCGCGCCCCUUCCCCGUCUGCACAGGUACCCCACCACCCACCAUCCACUGCACACGAGACCGUCUGCCUGCCGGCCGCCGACUGGGCGCGCCCCUUCCCCGUCUGCACAGGUACCCCACCACCCACCAUCCACUGCACACGAGACCGUCUGCCUGCCGGCCGCCGACUGGGCGCGCCCCUUCCCCGUCUGCACAGGUACCCCACCACCCACCAUCCACUGCACACGAGACCGUCUGCCUGCCGGCCGCCGACUGGGCGCGCCCCUUCCCCGUCUGCACAGGUACCCCACCACCCACCAUCCACUGCACACGAGACCGUCUGCCUGCCGGCCGCCGACUGGGCGCGCCCCUUCCCCGUCUGCACAGGUACCCCACCACCCACCAUCCACUGCACACGAGACCGUCUGCCUGCCGGCCGCCGACUGGGCGCGCCCCUUCCCCGUCUGCACAGGUACCCCACCACCCACCAUCCACUGCACACGAGACCGUCUGCCUGCCGGCCGCCGACUGGGCGCGCCCCUUCCCCGUCUGCACAGGUACCCCACCACCCACCAUCCACUGCACACGAGACCGUCUGCCUGCCGGCCGCCGACUGGGCGCGCCCCUUCCCCGUCUGCACAGGUACCCCACCACCCACCAUCCACUGCACACGAGACCGUCUGCCUGCCGGCCGCCGACUGGGCGCGCCCCUUCCCCGUCUGCACAGGUACCCCACCACCCACCAUCCACUGCACACGAGACCGUCUGCCUGCCGGCCGCCGACUGGGCGCGCCCCUUCCCCGUCUGCACAGGUACCCCACCACCCACCAUCCACUGCACACGAGACCGUCUGCCUGCCGGCCGCCGACUGGGCGCGCCCCUUCCCCGUCUGCACAGGUACCCCACCACCCACCAUCCACUGCACACGAGACCGUCUGCCUGCCGGCCGCCGACUGGGCGCGCCCCUUCCCCGUCUGCACAGGUACCCCACCACCCACCAUCCACUGCACACGAGACCGUCUGCCUGCCGGCCGCCGACUGGGCGCGCCCCUUCCCCGUCUGCACAGGUACCCCACCACCCACCAUCCACUGCACACGAGACCGUCUGCCUGCCGGCCGCCGACUGGGCGCGCCCCUUCCCCGUCUGCACAGGUACCCCACCACCCACCAUCCACUGCACACGAGACCGUCUGCCUGCCGGCCGCCGACUGGGCGCGCCCCUUCCCCGUCUGCACAGGUACCCCACCACCCACCAUCCACUGCACACGAGACCGUCUGCCUGCCGGCCGCCGACUGGGCGCGCCCCUUCCCCGUCUGCACAGGUACCCCACCACCCACCAUCCACUGCACACGAGACCGUCUGCCUGCCGGCCGCCGACUGGGCGCGCCCCUUCCCCGUCUGCACAGGUACCCCACCACCCACCAUCCACUGCACACGAGACCGUCUGCCUGCCGGCCGCCGACUGGGCGCGCCCCUUCCCCGUCUGCACAGGUACCCCACCACCCACCAUCCACUGCACACGAGACCGUCUGCCUGCCGGCCGCCGACUGGGCGCGCCCCUUCCCCGUCUGCACAGGUACCCCACCACCCACCAUCCACUGCACACGAGACCGUCUGCCUGCCGGCCGCCGACUGGGCGCGCCCCUUCCCCGUCUGCACAGGUACCCCACCACCCACCAUCCACUGCACACGAGACCGUCUGCCUGCCGGCCGCCGACUGGGCGCGCCCCUUCCCCGUCUGCACAGGUACCCCACCACCCACCAUCCACUGCACACGAGACCGUCUGCCUGCCGGCCGCCGACUGGGCGCGCCCCUUCCCCGUCUGCACAGGUACCCCACCACCCACCAUCCACUGCACACGAGACCGUCUGCCUGCCGGCCGCCGACUGGGCGCGCCCCUUCCCCGUCUGCACAGGUACCCCACCACCCACCAUCCACUGCACACGAGACCGUCUGCCUGCCGGCCGCCGACUGGGCGCGCCCCUUCCCCGUCUGCACAGGUACCCCACCACCCACCAUCCACUGCACACGAGACCGUCUGCCUGCCGGCCGCCGACUGGGCGCGCCCCUUCCCCGUCUGCACAGGUACCCCACCACCCACCAUCCACUGCACACGAGACCGUCUGCCUGCCGGCCGCCGACUGGGCGCGCCCCUUCCCCGUCUGCACAGGUACCCCACCACCCACCAUCCACUGCACACGAGACCGUCUGCCUGCCGGCCGCCGACUGGGCGCGCCCCUUCCCCGUCUGCACAGGUACCCCACCACCCACCAUCCACUGCACACGAGACCGUCUGCCUGCCGGCCGCCGACUGGGCGCGCCCCUUCCCCGUCUGCACAGGUACCCCACCACCCACCAUCCACUGCACACGAGACCGUCUGCCUGCCGGCCGCCGACUGGGCGCGCCCCUUCCCCGUCUGCACAGGUACCCCACCACCCACCAUCCACUGCACACGAGACCGUCUGCCUGCCGGCCGCCGACUGGGCGCGCCCCUUCCCCGUCUGCACAGGUACCCCACCACCCACCAUCCACUGCACACGAGACCGUCUGCCUGCCGGCCGCCGACUGGGCGCGCCCCUUCCCCGUCUGCACAGGUACCCCACCACCCACCAUCCACUGCACACGAGACCGUCUGCCUGCCGGCCGCCGACUGGGCGCGCCCCUUCCCCGUCUGCACAGGUACCCCACCACCCACCAUCCACUGCACACGAGACCGUCUGCCUGCCGGCCGCCGACUGGGCGCGCCCCUUCCCCGUCUGCACAGGUACCCCACCACCCACCAUCCACUGCACACGAGACCGUCUGCCUGCCGGCCGCCGACUGGGCGCGCCCCUUCCCCGUCUGCACAGGUACCCCACCACCCACCAUCCACUGCACACGAGACCGUCUGCCUGCCGGCCGCCGACUGGGCGCGCCCCUUCCCCGUCUGCACAGGUACCCCACCACCCACCAUCCACUGCACACGAGACCGUCUGCCUGCCGGCCGCCGACUGGGCGCGCCCCUUCCCCGUCUGCACAAAGGUAUCCUGCCCAGCAUUACCUCCACCAGCAUCGGGUUACGUUCUCGGCCGAGCACCGUACAGAGCUGGUGACGUCUUACAGUUCCACUGCAACCCUGAACACACACUGCACGGAAGACCGAUUCUGGUGUGCCAGGACAGUGGUCGGUGGAGCGAUAAGCCGCCGACUUGUGCCCAAGCAUGUACAUACCCUGGAACAACUAUAUCAGGGCGCAUGUCUUCCGUGAAGUUCUACUACAAAAUCGGUGAGACAGUCACCUUCACCUGCGAACCAGGGUACAGAAUUAAGGGGGCUCCAAUGCUGCGUUGUCUUAAAAACAGAAAAUGGUCGAACGCUAUACCACUAUGCACUCCGAUAGCCAACUACACCUCAUCCGACUCCCUCGCUAUGUUAAAUGGCGACAUUGACGCCAUGUUGUCGGACGAAGCCAUCAUGCCAACUGACAUUUUGAAAACGCGGGAAACGCCCGCCAUCUUGUCACCAGAAAGCUAUAAAGCGGCUAUGACUCGAGUAACAGCAACACGACUCUUGCGAAGGGCCCCGAUCGAAACUUACAAAAACAGAAUUUCUAGGGUGAAUAGAUUUUUACGCAGGAAUACAGAAAGAUAA